AUGGCCAAAGGCUCGAACACCCCAUCCCGAAAGGGAUCCUCCUCCGAAUCUCAUGAAUGCAAGGUAAAGCCUCUCAACUGGAAUAAGGAAAAAUCUCCAAAGAGCAAGAAAAAGUCAAAAGAUAAACCGACAAUCCCUGCUCCAAUCAUGGUCGUGGAUGCAGGACUCGCAGCCCAGCGGACAAGAGGGAUCCUACCGAUCCAUCCUGGUACACAAGAUAAGCUGCCCAAUCACCAGACGUUAAGAAGUGACAGUCACCCAGAUGUACCUGAAUCCAGAGAGACUGAGACGUCGACACAGGCUCCUUGGCACCAUCCAGAGCCACUUUACAGUCGAGAUGAACCUUCAUCGGCAAGUCACCCAAGCCCAGUUCGAACAAGGGAUCAUCCAGACAUAUAUGAAGGGGAAUCGUAUGUGUAUUACUUGUCCUUUAUCUUUGAAAGGUAA